AUGUUGUCCGUCCGCUCCAGUGUCGACAGCAUCUACAGUCGGCUCAGCGGCGAGAAGCCCCUUCCCAAGCCGGCCUACCACUGCAACAUGAACCCGCAAGAGCAGUCCCUCUGGGCCAUUAUCGGUGAAGAAAAGUACGAAUACACAUGCGACAAGAAGGGCAGGGUACACAGGCGUCGUCUUACCUACGUCCAACGCGCACAGAAGCAACGUCAGUUCUUUGAGUCCCGCGUGGGUCAUGCCAUUGUCGGCGACGAGUGGAUGAGGAUGAAGCUUCCUUCCCGAAAGUGCUAGACAAGUGCAAGUGGCUGGCCGCUGCCAACAUCUCAUGGUCUACCACGUCGCAGAGGCAGUUGGGCCAUGACUUCGGUUACUGGGUCUCUGUGGCUGGAGUGCAUUCUCCAAGCUACUAUCUCUUUUGUAAUGGGUUU